UUAAAAUUCUAAAAAAUACAUUUAUACCAGUGUACUGAAUUUGCUUUUUUCUUUUUUUCGUUUCCUUCCGUUUUUUAUUUAUCCUAGUGCACUUUCUAUUUUUGAGCUUGUUCUUGCAAUUCGAAUUCAAAAUGUGGAACCAAUUACUUUUACUGACGACGGCAUUCGGACUGGGAUAUAUUUUUGCCACCCGCAAGGCACAGCCUAAGGCUGAGCAGCCUGUCAAUGACAGCCUUGCAGACAAAGCAACUGUGGGUGCCUUCCCUGCGCAGAACAAAGCCGGCGCCAUUGUUAUCGAUGAAUGCAGUAGCGGCAAGAAGAAGAGCAAGAAGAAGAAGUCAAAGAAGAGUGCAAAGAUCGCUCCUGCUGAACAGAAUUCGAUGGAGCCAUUGCUACCAGCAGCAGCGCUUAUUGAGGACACCAAAGACUCUAUUGUAAUCUCUGAAGUGGAAGACAACGAUGGCGACGACGACAACAAUAGCAUUAGCAUUGAAACGAUUGACCACAAGGCGAACGAAGUUGAGGACUGGGAGUCUGUCGGACAGCAAGGCGUCCCAGCCAAACGGAGAGAAGCUAAGCCGAUCCCAAUUCACCAGUCAGCGUGGGAGGAAUUAGCCCGCGAUGAGGACCUCAACGCUGAGCCCGAGCAGUCUGCCUCCGCGGCCCGCGUCUUGAGAAUCGGCGCAGCGGCUCGGCCGCCACCACCGCCUCCGCGUGCGCGUAGAGAAUACGUGCCACCGGCACCAUUAACUAGGAAGCAGCGCCAGAACCAAAAGAAGGCUGAGAUUAUGCGAGAAGAGCGUGCGGUGAUGGCGGAAAUUCAGGAGCAGCGGCUUAAGCAGCAUCAGCGGAGCCUGCUUGAUGUGCGCUCGCGUGAGCAGUGGAGCAAGGUGAAACGUGUGGAGGCUAGCAAACUUCCGGCACGGUCUUCGUCCAAGAUGCCCAAUAGCACGGCCUCGGUUGUUGAUGGCAUGCUCAUUUGGGACUGAGAUUCAGCCGUUUUGUAUUUUAUUUUGCACGUCUCUGGAUAUGCGCAUUUUUCAUUCAAAUAUUUUGACUUUCAAUAUUAGUAAAUUAUAUGAACUUGCAUGUGUCAAU